CCGCCAUGCAAUUAAUCAAUCAAAUAACAAAAUAAAGUAAUGAACCCCACAUUCUCCUAUAACAAAGAACUAAAUAUCUAUCGUAUUUUAGCAGUAAUAUCAUAACUAGUUACUUUCUCCAAAAUUCAUGGAUGCUUAGAUGCUACCAUUAAUCUUCAAUUUCAUCAUCUUCCCAGCUUCAAUUACAAAAUGUUGCACUCGAUUCAUCUUCCUCCAUUCUCCUUUGUUUCACAAUUUAAUCGUAAUUCUCUCUCAUCCGCUUCAUCGUUUCCUCCAUCUGCUGCUUUUAUCGGAUCUCAAUCGAGUUCAGGAUCAGGUAACCUACAGCAGCAAAUGACAAGGACAAGGAGGUGCACAACUCAGGUUUCUAUGAGCGCCACUAAUCAUGGUACCAAAGAGUGUGUGCUUGAGGAAGAAGCUUUGACCAUGAUGGAUACAAGCAAAUCGUUCAAAAUCCUGCCAGGCCAAGCAUUUCCUUUGGGAGCUUCAGAAGUGGAGAAUGGAAUAAAUUUUGCAAUUUUCUCACAACAUGCAAGCUCAGUAACUCUUUGCUUAUUGCUUCCUCCCACCGGCUGGGAGGAUUUUGAUACAGGAAAUGAAGAGAUGGUGGAAUUAAGGCUGAAUCGGAGUUUGAACAAGACUGGAGAUAUAUGGCAUAUUUUUAUUGAGGAUCUUCCGCGGAGUGGUGUUCUCUAUGGUUACUGCAUCGACGGUCCUCAAGAUAGGCGACAAGGGCAUCGUUUUGACAGUAGCAUUGUUCUGAUUGAUCCCUAUGCAAAAUAUGUCGAAGGUCGCCGGCUUUUUGGAGAUCAAAACUAUAAGCUUUCUAAAUUCUUGGGGACAUACGAUUUUGAGGGGCCAUCCUUUGACUGGGAAGAUGAUGUGCAUCCAAACAUACCAGAGAAUGAUCUUGUCAUAUAUGAAAUGAAUGUUCGUGCAUAUACUGCUGAUGAGUCUAGUGGGGUUGAUGCAGAUAUACGGGGAAGCUAUCUUGGUGUUAUUGAGAAGAUUCCUCAUCUCUUGGAGCUUGGAAUCAAUGCCGUGGAAUUGCUUCCAGUCUUUGAGUUCGAUGAGAUGGAGUUCCAAAGGCGCUCCAACCCCAGAGAUCACAUGAUUAAUACCUGGGGCUAUUCAACUAUCAAUUUUUUUGCCCCUAUGAGUCGCUAUGCAAGUUGUGGUGGAGGACCUAUUAAUGCUUCUCUGGAGUUCAAGGAAAUGGUUAAAGCCUUGCAUAAUGCUGGAAUAGAGGUCAUCUUGGAUGUUGUGUAUAAUCAUACAAAUGAGGGUGAUGAUAAACUCCCUUACACUACUUCUUUUCGUGGCAUAGAUAAUAAGGUAUAUUACAUGCUGGAUGAGGAUGGCAAAUUUAUGAAUUAUUCAGGAUGUGGAAACACGAUAAACUGUAAUCAUCCUGUGGUCAUGGAACUCAUUCUUGACAGCUUGAGGCACUGGGUCAAGGAAUACCAUGUGGAUGGCUUCCGGUUUGACCUUGCUAGUGUGCUUUGUCGAGGAACUGAUGGUUUGCCUCUUGGUGCACCUCCUCUUGUGAAGGCCAUUGCAAAAGACACUGUCCUUUCGAAGUGUAAGAUAAUUGCAGAGCCAUGGGACUGUGGAGGUCUUUAUCUAGUUGGACAGUUUCCUAAUUGGGACAGGUGGGCAGAAUGGAAUGGCAAGUAUCGUGAUGAUAUGAGAAGAUUUAUGAAGGGUGACUGUGGCAUGAAAGGAAGUUUUGCAACUCGUGUAUCAGGAUCUGCAGACCUAUACAGAGUUAACAAGCGGAAGCCAUACCACAGCAUCAACUUUAUUAUUGCUCAUGAUGGAUUUACUUUGUAUGAUCUCGUCUCAUACAAUUUUAAGCACAAUGAGUCUAAUGGAGAAGAAGGCAAUGAUGGAUGCAACGAUAACUAUAGUUGGAACUGUGGUUUUGAAGGAGAAACAACGGAUGCUGAUAUAAUUGCUCUACGUUCACGGCAGAUGAAAAACUUUCAUUUGGCCUUGAUGAUAUCUCAGGGUACUCCCAUGAUGCUAAUGGGUGAUGAAUAUGGGCAUACUCGUUUUGGAAAUAACAACAGUUAUGGCCAUGAUAAUGCGCUUAACAACUUCCAGUGGACAAAGUUGGAUGCAAAGAAAGAAGACUACUUCAGGUUUUUCUCUGAAGCUGUGAAGUUUCGUAAAACACAUGACAUAUUCAGACGUGAGAAUUUUCUUGAGAAGAAGGAUGUGACAUGGCAUGAGGACAAUUGGAGCAAUAGCGAGAGUAAAUUCCUGGCUUUCACAUUACAUAGUGAAAAGCGAGAAGACGUUUACUUGGCAUUCAAUGCUCAUGACUUCUUUGUUCAAGUUCCAAUACCUUCACCGCCACAAAAUAAACGUUGGUUCAGAGUGGUGGAUACAAAUCUCAAAUCUCCAGACGAUUUUGUAGCUGAGGGUGUCCCAGGCAUUCAAAGCACAUACAAUGUAGCUCCCUAUUCAUCAAUUUUACUUGAAGCAAAGUAAUGGAAGCCCUUAAGAUCUGCAAACCUACAACUUGCAUAAUUCUCAUCAAUAAUGGAGAAAAUCUGGUCUUAUUUGACUGGAAUUUAUAUUCUCUAUCUUCACUCCAAGCUUGUCAGCUGCACGCAAAACAGACAACAGUCUGGUUGCUUGAGAUCAGAUGAGCCAGUCAGCUGUAGCAAGCCAGUGGACAAGCCAAGCUUAAAUAAAUUAGAACCUACGUAAUCUCUUACACUUGUCGUGUCACUCCGUUAUCUAAAAUUUUGUAUAAUCAUGUAGUGUUAACUUCUUUUACGCUACUGACUAUAAUAAGAAAACCCGAAAAACUAUCUACCUGCUGUAAACAUAUGGUUACGGUCUUACGGUGUACUUAAAUUGGGAAAUAAAAUGAGACAUUGUUGUUUUGUAUC